CUUAUUUAACGGCGGCUCUUUCCUUUCUUCGAGCCUGCCGUUUCCCCGUCCGGCUCUGCCCCGUUUGCUCGCCUGGGACUGUCGAGUCAGUCGCCGAUCUCUCAGCUUCGGGGACUCCUUCGCGAUGCGCACCGGGCUGCUUUUCUCCUUGGCGCUGUCUCUGUGGUUCACCAAUGCCUGGUCGGCCAGCCGAGCCCCUUACCAACAGAUCUUGCAGCACAGCCGAAUCCGGGGCAGGCAUCAAGGCCCCAAUGUAUGUGCUGUGCUGAAACUCAUUGGAACCAACAAGAAAUACUUGCCAAGUUGCAAACUGUGGUACCAGAAGAAAAUAUGUGGAAAAUCAACAGUGGUUGCUUAUGAAUGUUGUCCUGGAUAUGAAGAAGUUCCUGGAGAAAAAGGCUGCCCAGCUGCUUUGCCACUUGUCAAUCUUUAUGAGACACUUGGAGUUGUCGGAGCCACCACCACUCAGCUCUAUUCUGCCAGCUCUAACCUGAGUGCUGAAAUCACAGGCCCUGGCAGCUACACAAUCUUUGCCCCCACCAAUGAAGCCUGGGCAUCCCUGCCUGCUGAAGUGUUGGAUUCUUUGGUGAGCAAUGUCAAUAUUGAGCUGCUAAAUGCUCUGCGAUAUCACAUGGUGAAUAAACGAGUCCUAACUGACGAGCUAAAACACGGGCUUUCUCUCCCUUCAAUGUACCAGAAUAUUGACAUCAAGAUUCAUCAUUACCCAAAUGGAAUUGUGACUGUGAACUGUGCUAGAUUGCUGAAGGCUGACCAUCAUGCUACCAAUGGAGUAGUCCAUCUGAUAGACAAAGUCAUUUCUACAACUUCCAACAGUAUCCUGCAAGUUGUAGAGAUUGAAGAAAGUCUUGAAACUCUCAGGACUGCUGUGGCAGCAGCUGGUCUCAAUAAUCUUUUAGAUGGCGAAGGUCAAUUUACCUUAUUAGCACCAACCAAUGAAGCUUUUGAGAAGAUCCCUAAAGAAAUGUUAAACAGGAUCCUGGGAGACCCAGGAGCUCUGAAAGCACUGCUGAACAACCACAUCUUAAAAACAGCUAUGUGUGCUGAAGCUAUUAUUGCCGGUUUAUCCAUGGAAACUCUAGAGGGUCAUAUGUUGGAAGUAAGCUGUGUUGGCAACCAGCUGAUUCUCAAUGGAAAGUCCAUCAUUGCUGACAAGGAUGUAAUGGCCACAAAUGGAGUGAUACACAUGAUCAAUGAACUUCUCAUCCCAGACUCUGCUAAAACUCUGCUGGAGUUGGGAAAGGAAUCCGAUGUUUCAACAUCUAUUGACCUUUUUAGACAAGUUGGUCUCGGUUCACAUCUUACUGGGAAUGAGCGUUUGACAGUCCUGGCUCCCAUCAAUUCUUUCUACAAAGAUCACAGUCCUUCAGCAAACAGAAAUUUGCUUCAAAAUCAUAUAAUCAAAGAGCAGCUUUCUUCUAAAUACCUUUUCCAUGGACAGAAGCUAGAAACUUUGGGUGGAAAAGAAUUGAGAGUAUUUGUAUACCGCAAUAAUCUCUGCAUAGAAAAUGCCUGCAUUGCUGCUCAUGACAAAAGAGGAAGAUUUGGUACUUUGUUUGCUAUGGACAAGAUGCUAAGUCCCCCUAUGGGAACUGUUAUGGAUAUACUCAAAGCAGAUGAUCGCUUCAGUACCCUGGUGGCUGCCAUCCAAUCUGCAGGCCUAACUGAAACACUGAAUAGGCCAAGAUCCUUCACAGUGUUUGCACCGACAAAUGAAGCUUUUCAAGCCAUGCCUCAGAGGGAGCUAAACAGACUUAUGGGUAAUGCAAAAGAACUUGCCAACAUCCUUAAGUACCACAUUGGGGAUGAAAUUUUAGUGAGCGGAGCAGUUGGUGCCGUUGUAAGAAUCAAGUCUCUGCAGGGUGAUAAACUGGAAGUCAGCUCUAGAAACCACAUAAUAAACAUCAACAGGAUUCCUGUUGCCGAAGCUGAUAUUAUGGCCACCAAUGGUGUGAUUUAUGCAGUCAAUAGUAUCUUACAACCCCCAGCUUCUAAGCAUAAUGAAAGAAGCGAUGAUCCUGCAGAUCCUUCUCUGGAAAUCUUCAAGCAUGCUUCUGCAUUAUCCAAGAUUUCGCUAAGGGAUGCUCGGCUCGCUCCUGUGUAUUCCAGAUUAUUAGCCAGGAUGAAACAUUAAAGUGACAGCAACCUACAUGUCAAGCACAAUCAAGGAUUCAGUUGAUUUUUACUGUGGAAAGCAAAGCCUAAAUUUAAUCAAAUCAAAACACCGCCAUGUAGGUGGAAUGUAUACAAAGGUGAUCUUCUUUUUGAAGUGAAAUAAAGAAAAUAAAAGCCAUAUAGCCAGACACAGCCAUCACUUUAUAAGAUUACUUUGUCCUAAUAGUAGGAUAAUUUAGGAAAUAUCUAUUCCAAAAUUAUUUAAGUCAUAUGAGCUUAAGCAAA